AUGAAAUUAGUAAAUGAGGGUGGGAUGAGAAUUACAGGCACCAAAUGGAAUCCAAAUUAUGAUCAAGAGAUCAUUGAAAAGUUUCAUUUAGGGAUAAGAAUGUCCAAAUUUCAGUUCAUUAAGACUUGCUAUUGGAUUCCACCUGAACAAGAAUGUGUGAUGUUCUGUUGUGAUGGCUCAUCAUUUGGAAAACCUGGUUCUGCGGGAUUUGGGGUUGUAGUAAGAGAUUCAAACUGUCAGGUGUUAGGUGUUCUCACUGGUGACAUUGACUCUAAGGAUGUUCUGGCAGAAUUUUCUCAGGGAAGGGUACCAUGGUUUCUUAAAGGAAGAUGGAGUAUUGCUACAAGGAAGCUCAGUUCAAUAAGAUAUGAACAUUGUUACAUGGAAGUCAACUUUUCAGCUGACAAUAUGGCUAAAAAGGGAGCAUCUUUUGCUGCUGGAGUUAGACAGAUACCCCUUGGUAGACCUCAAUGUCUGCCAAGAGUUGAAAUGCCAAAUGUUGAGUAUUAUAGAUUUGGAUGA